AUGGCAUACCUCAGUAAGCAUCGCUCCUGGAAGAGAAUCAUGGCCAUCUUCUUCCUGCCACUUGUCCUAUCAGGUUUUGCUCCUCGCUCAGACGAUGUGUUUAAGUCUCCUGCCAGGUUCAGUUGGUCUCGUCUGACCCCCUCUGAGCUGAAGAACAGAUCUGUAGGACUUAGCACUAAAACCAAUGCUCAGGGCAAAGCAUACUUUACCCUGGAUGGUCACAAGUUCAUGAUAGUUGGAGGCUCCAUACACUACUUCCGGGUGCCCAGGGAGUAUUGGAAGGACCGCUUGUUGAAGCUGCAAGCCUGUGGAUUCAACACUGUCACUACCUACAUCCCAUGGAACCUCCACGAGCCAGAGAGGGGGAAAUUUGACUUCUCUGAGAUCCUGGACCUGGAGGCCUAUGUGUUGCUUGCUGAGACUAUUGGACUGUGGGUGAUUCUUCGACCAGGGCCAUAUAUCUGUGCUGAGGUUGACUUGGGUGGAUUACCUAGCUGGCUUCUGCGCAAUCCUGUGACAGAUCUGAGAACAACCAGCAAGGGCUUUAUUGAGGCUGUCGAUAAGUAUUUUGAUCAUCUGAUUCCCAAAAUACUUCCUUCUCAGUACCGCCGUGGUGGUCCUGUCAUUGCUGUCCAAGUAGAGAAUGAAUAUGGUUCAUUUCAAAAGGACAACGAGUACAUGGAUUAUGUGAAGAAGGCUCUACUGAAGAGAGGGAUUGUAGAGCUCCUCUUGACCUCAGAUGAUAAGGAUGGAAUUCAGAUGGGCACUGUCAAAGGAGCAUUGGCUACUAUCAAUAUGCAUUCAUUUAUUAAGGAUCCCUUUAUCAAGCUGCAUGCAAUGCAGACUGAUAAGCCCAUUAUGAUUAUGGAAUACUGGACUGGCUGGUAUGACUCGUGGGGGAGUAAACACAUGGAGAAGAGUGCAAAUGAAAUUCGACGCACAAUAUAUAAAUUCAUCAGCUAUGGACUCUCCUUCAACAUGUAUAUGUUCCACGGCGGAACCAACUUUGGUUUUAUAAAUGGUGGCCGCCAUGAAAAACAUCACAUUGGUGUCGUGACUAGCUAUGACUAUGAUGCUGUGCUCUCUGAGGCUGGCGAUUACACAGACAAGUAUUUCAAGCUUCGGAAACUCUUUGCAUCUGGUUCAGCACGCUCUCUACCUCCACUGCCUCUUCUUGUUCCCAAGACCGUCUAUCCCUCUGUGAAUCUCUCAUUCUACCUGCCACUGUUUGAUAUCCUACCGUACUUAAAUAAGCCGGUCAUGUUACACACUCCAGUCACCAUGGAGAAUCUUCCAAUAAACAAUGGCAGUGGUCAGUCAUUUGGAUUGGUCCUUUAUGAGACUUCCAUCUGUUUUGGAGGCAAUCUCUUUGCUUCAGUUCAUGAUUCAGCACAGGUGUUUUUGAAUGACAAAAGUAUAGGAAAUCUGGAUGAGAAUAAUGAGUUUCUGCAAAUUCCUGAAAUUCAGGAUUGUCAGCUUCUGAGGAUCCUGGUUGAGAACCAAGGUCGAAUCAAUUACUCAUGGAGAAUUCAAAAUGAGCAGAAAGGGUUAAAUAAAGUGGUUAGCAUCAAUGGCAUUUUGCUGAGGAAUUUCACCAUUUAUUCUCUGGACAUGAAAACAAGUUUCUUCAAGAGGCUCCGCUCUGCAUCCUGGAGGCUUGCUCCGAAGACUUAUCAAGGCCCUGCCUUCUACUGGGGAACCUUGAAUGUCGGCUCUUCUCCCACAGACACCUUCCUGCACCUACCAAACUGGCAUUAUGGGUUUGUGUUCAUCAAUGGACGUAAUCUUGGGAGAUAUUGGGAUAUUGGACCUCAGAGCACACUGUACCUUCCUGGUCCCUGGCUUCAUCCAGAAGACAACGAGGUCAUCGUGUUUGAGAAGAUAGAAAAGGGUUUUUACAUCCAGACAAGAAAGAAACCCCAGCUGCAAAAGUGCUUCAAAACAGGUCCUGGAUUGCCGGAUGCUUCUGGUGUUUCCUCUGAAUGUUGA